UUUCAAGCUUUCUGUAGAUAUAUUUUUAAUGUACCUAUGUGAGACACCACAAUAUUAUGUUAAUUAAAAAAUUAUACAUUCAUUAUCAUGACAAAUUAAAGUGAUGAGACGGCGCCUCCCUGUCAUUAAUGCACAUUAAUAAUUUUUGCACAAACACUUGAAUAUGAGCUUCUUAUCACGAGUAAAAUUCAUGCCAACAGCCAACAUAUUUAGCUUGAUCAGAACAAAAUCUCCAGAUGCUCUCCAGCUUUCUGGACUUUUGAUGUACCAGCAACAACCUGAACAUUUCAGAAACUUUACAACAUCAUCUGUUACUGUAAAAUUAAUGCAUGUGCUUCAACCUCAUUUACAUGAACACAAUCCACAUGGUUGAAACACUUAUUUUCAAUGUCCUUCUGCAGUGAGUUGAAGUUCCCUUUGACAUAAAUACUUGAAGUAUUUCUGUAAAAACACUUCCUUUCUGCAUAAAUACUGGCCACACAAACAGAUGAGGAACACAACACAGUCCACUACAGCGAGAGAAACUAGUGUUAGUUUACUGAAUGUGGAAAUGAAAAUAUAGAAAAGGGUAAAACUCAGAGAAGAAGAAACAACAUGGAUGAUGUCUAAGAAUAUGUGAACGUCGUACGAGGUAAAGUCAGAACAGAUAUCACAGAUUCAACGCCACAAGAAUCCAGUCAUAUAGCACGGAUAAAGAUUCAAUAAUGGACUCAGAAGACCGAAUAGAAAGGAUUGUUGAUAUCUACGUCAGUGCAGAGGCUGUAAGAGACAUGAAACAUAAGAAAGAGACAGAAGACUUCAACACAGAAGAACCCCGAACACCUCGACACACAGGAAGUGAUGGUGUGAUGAUCAGAAGGUCCAGAGCAGCUGCAGUAGUGUUUGUGCUGCUGUGUGUUCUUCUGCUGACUGCACGCAUUAUACUGUGUGCCACCUUCACCCAAGAGAGACAACAGCUGCUGACUAAGAUCACCAACCUUACAGUAGAAAGAGACCAGCUACUAACAAACAAUAUGAACCUCACAGAAGAGAGAGACCAGCUGAAAUCAGAAAGAAAUGAUCUUCAGAAGAAGUUUGCGGAUGGAUUGAAGUGCCAUCAAUCCAGUCUUUACUUCUUUUCCUCUGAGAAGAAGAACUGGACUGAGAGCAGAAGAUACUGUAGAGAGAGAGAAGCAGAUCUGAUCAUCAUCAACAACAUAGAGGAACAAGUGAGUGUGUGUGUGAGUGUGUGUGUGUGAGAGAG